AGCAUGUGUGUGUCAGUAGGCCGGGUAGAGAAUGAGAAUGAGGAGGAGGAAGAUGGCUCAGAGUCCAACAGCCCUCCCGUCCCGUACAAGAUGAAGCCCUCCCCAGAGGGAUGCUGCACGACGGACGGGUUCUGCCAGGCGGGUAGAGACCUGCGUCUAUCCUCUCUGUUGUCAGAGCCUCAAGACAUGCCCCCAGGAUUCCAGCUGGUAGGGGCCUUGUCUGCAGGCACUCCAGACACCCUGCUGGUGUGUGCAGUCGACCGCAGGUUCCUGCCCGAUGAACGGGAAUGCAACGCACUGCUGGGGUUCUCGGGGAACUGUAUAGGCUGUGGAGAGAAGGGUUUUCGCUACUUCACAGAAUUCUCCAACCACAUCAACCUGAAGCUGAGCACCCAACCCAAGAAACAGAAGCACUUAAAGUACCACCUGUACAGGAACAACCAGGGACAGCUGGUCAGAGGGGCUGCUAUCUGCUGGAAGGGCCUCGAGAGCAGUGGGAGACAGACAACGCAGCCCAACGCCUCUGACGGGCAUGUAACCUCAGACGAUCACUUCCCCAACCCAGCAGUCACCGCUCACCCUGCACACACACCCGGGAACUACACAGCCAGUUUCCCUUUAGAACACAUUGCCCCCCCUCCCCUGGGCAACGGGAGCCACAUCCCCCUAUCCCAGAAUCCUCUGCCCCAGACUCCCAUACUGUCGAAAGGAGCUGGGAGACCCACAGUUAUAGGUACACUCAAUACGGGACCACUUAAAAAGAGACACAGAGGCUGGUCUCCUGCUGGGGCUGAGUCUGCUGUGAAGACCCCCCUAUCUUCCUCCUCCUCUUCCUCAUCACUCACCAAUUGGACCAAACCAGGUCAUGGCAGCCUACCUCGGCUGAGUGGUAAGGUGUCUGAUGUGCAGGUCAGUUCCCUGCUCCAGAGCUGCUAUCAGAACUGCCAGGCCCUGCCCAGGGUCUACCAACACUACGGACCCUCUCCCAUACAGCCCCUGUCUGUAGAGAUGCAGAUACUACUCACUGUGUACUACCUGGUGCAACUAGGUCCAGACCAGGUCCUGCUGGUUGAGGACCUGGAGCAGAUCUUCAUGCGUUCCUGGAGAGAGUCCCACCUCAGUGAGAUCCGCCAGUACCAACAGCCCCAGCCUGGCCUCUCCCUCCCCCAGGCUCCCUACACCCUGCCUGGGCUUCCACUGCCCCAGGCCCAGCCUGGCCUCUCCCUCCCCCAGGUUCCUUACACCCUGCCUGGGCUUCCACUGCCCCAGGCCCAGUCCCUCACCCCCUCCCAGCUGCCCUGGCUGGCCAACCUGGCAGCCUCGUCAUGUGGGGAGGGAGUGGUGGUUCUGGGGGAGAAGGUCUCGAUGGCUCUAGGGCUGUCUGACACCUUCAGUGGGCUGAUGGAGGGACAGCUGGCUCAUACAAACUAUGUGGUCAUCAUCUGUACAGGCAAGGGACAGGAGACAGAGUCUUGCAUGGUGGUGACAGGUCAACACCAGUGUCGUGCCCUGACUGAGGGGAUGUUCAGUCUCAGUGAUAGUCUGAGAGAGAUCAGUCAACAGCUGUCCUCUGGCAUGACCCAGGAGCUCACUACCUUCUGCAACUCUCUGGGACCUGAAGGUGAUGUAGAUGUGUUGCUGGAGAGUGCUGCUGUGGAGAACAGGAGCCAACUGACCUCCCUGUCCAUCAGUCAGGAGUGUACAAAAGACAGCAGGCCUGUAGACAGACAGACGGACAGAGCUACAGGCAUCCCCAAAGAGCCAGCCAGAGACACACACACAGACAGAGCAGAGAGCCCCAAGGACUCCUGCUCAGAGUACCGUGUGGAGUGGCGGGAGGUGCGGCCCAUCCAGUUGGUGGUAGCCAGGAAGCUGCUGUCCCAUGUGUGUGCCAUCGCUGACUCCAGCACUCAGAACCUGGACCUGAGCUCCUUCGACAGGGUCCACUUCCUCAACUGUGUCCCUCCAUCUGAGGUCACCUUCCAACAGACUGUACUGCAUCUCUGGAACUCAGCUCUGAAAUCUGACCUCCCUGGCCUUGGUCUCAGCGCUCCCUCUGUCCCUCACCCUGCCUCGGUUCUCCAGCCCCCCCGAACCUUCCCCGACAGCAUUGCUGUGGACCCCCUCCAUCCCAACACCACCCCCCAAGGCCCUCACCGCCCCCCCAACACCCAGCGCCGGCCCUCCAAGUCCAUUUCCUUGGUUUCCUCCUCCCCCCUACCCCCCUCUCUCCUUCAGUGCUGCUCCUGGCCACGGGGGGUGAGCCGCCCCCCUUCCCUGCUGCUGCCCCGGGGACUCUAUGACAUCAUCAAGGCACGCGACGGGAGCAGGCUGCCUCGCUGCACCUCCUUCCUACCACACCGGUCUGUGACCUGGGUCAGCCCCUUCAGACCUCUGCUGAGUAAGAUGAUGACGUGUACAGAACAGUCUCUGUAUUACCGCCAGUGGACCAUCCCACAGCCUCACCACAUGGACAGCAGCAACCGCCCGGCAAAGGGGCGCACAGACUUCCAUCCCCGCAGACUGCUGCUCAGCGGACCCCCACAGGUAUACACAGACAUACACACACGCAGACUGCUGCUCAGCGGACCCCCACAGGUAUACACAGACAUACACACAUGCAGACUGCUGCUCAGCGGACCCCCACAGGUAUACACAGGCAUACACACAUGCAGACUGCUGCUCAGCGGACCCCCACAGGUAUACACAGACAUACACACAUGCAGACUGCUGCUCAGCGGACCCCCACAGGUAUACACAGACAUACACACAUGCAGACUGCUGCUCAGCGGACCCCCACAGGUAUACACAGACAUACACACACGCAGACUGCUGCUCAGCGGACCCCCACAGGUAUACACAGACAUACACACACGCAGACUGCUGCUCAGCGGACCCCCACAGGUAUACACAGACAUACACACACGCAGACUGCUGCUCAGCGGACCCCCACAGGUAUACACAGACAUACACACAUGCAGACUGCUGCUCAGCGGACCCCCACAGGUAUACACAGACAUACACACAUGCAGACUGCUGCUCAGCGGACCCCCACAGGUAUACACAGACUUCCAUCCCCGCAGACUGCUGCUCAGCGGACCCCCACAGGUGGGGAAGACAGGGGUGUACCUCCAGUUUCUGGGCAUCCUGUCUCGUAUGCUGAUCCGACUGAUGGAGGUGGACAUCUAUGAUGAGGAAGAUAUCAACUUCAGUGGUCAGCUGGAGCGUGUCCAGUACCAGCCAACCUGUGCCUCCUGGCCAGUCACAGACACACUGAGGGGCAUUCCGUUUGACUACACCGUCCACGACCCCAAAUAUGAAGACAUCAGCACUAUCUACUGCCCUGGCUACUACCCCAACACUGAUGGAAUCCCCAGACGUCAGGAGGACGUGUAUCUGCGGAGGCGUACAGCCAGAAUCAAACUGUCUAAAUACGCAGCCUACAACACCUACCACCACUGUGAGCAGUGUCACCAGUACACGGGCUUCGACCCAGCAUACCAGAUGUAUGAGUUGACCCUGCAUGCCUUCACCUUCUCCCACCUGCUGCUGGGGGAGGAUAUUCAGCUCUACUUCAUCAUUCCCAAGUCUAAACACCACCACUUCAGCUUCAGCCAACCAGGAGGCCAACUAGAGAGCAUGAGACUGCCCCUCACCUCCAAUUGGAACCCAGACUGUAUCAAGAGUCCCAUCUUCACCCCAACAACAGGUCGUCAUGAGCAUGGCCUGUUCAACCUGUACCACACCAUGGAUGGGGCGGCCCACCUCCACAUCCUGGUCAUCAAGGAGUAUGAGAUGGCUGUCUAUAAGAAGUACUGGCCCAACCACAUUAUGCUGGUGCUGCCCACCAUCUUCAAUGGAGCCGGGCUCGGUGCGGCCCACUUCCUGAUCAAGGAGCUGUCCUAUAACAACCUGGAGCUGGAACGCAGCCGCAGGGUGGAGGGAGGAGGGCCGCCAGCUGACGUCUGGCCCUUCAUCAUCCUCUCUGACGACUCCUGCGUCAUGUGGAACGCUGUGGACCUGGACUCACACAGUACCUCAGGCCCUGCAGAGAGGAACGUGUCUCUGAAGCAGAUGUUGCAGCACAUGGAGGCGUGUCUUGACCUCACACAGUUCGGCGUCUGUGGGAUCAGGAAGUGGAGCAGUCACUCCCCAGGUCAGGGGUCAGGGGGAGGAGCUCGUCACAGGGAGCCUUUCUCCAGAGGACACCUCCACGACUUCCUGCUUCUAAACGUGGACCUGACCCAGGGCAUCCAGUUCAACCAGAACAGGUUUACGUGUGAUGAUGUUGACUUUACCCUGCGAGUCCACAGCGCUGGUCUGCUCAUCUGUCGUUUCAACAACUUUAGUGUGAUGAAGAAACAGAUCUCUAUUGGAGGAUACCACACCUUCAUCAUCAAGAACAAGAUGACUGACGUCCCCACCUCGGUCCAGCCGUCUCAGUAUAUCUGUGCCCCGGACAGCAAGCAUCCAUUCCUGGCCACGCCUGCACAGCUACUGCUGGAGAAAUACCUGCAACACUCUAGCCUGUUCCCCCUUAGCACAUGCAACUACACACACCCCAUACUGUCUGUAGACUGCUACCUCAACCUGGGGCCUGAGGUCACGGUGUGUUUUGUGAGUUCCAGACCUCACUCCAUCAACAUCUGUACUACAGGGCUGCUGUUCAGCGGCCUGUUGCUCUGCUUCUGGGAUUCCUUCAUCACGCCAGGAUUCCUAAAGAACUUUCACUUCCUCAAAGGGGCAGUUCUGUGUGUGAUAUGUGCUGACCGCAGCUCUCUGAGACAGACAGUGGUGAGGCUGGAGCUCGAGGACGAGUGGAGGUUCCGGCUGAGUGACGAGUUCCAGACAGCCAACGCUAAAGAGGACCGGCCCCUCUUCUUCCUCACAGGGAAACACAUAUGAACCCCCCCUAACUCCUAAAUCCAUGAAUCUCAACCAGUACCCUCAGCUUGAACCCUGCUGUAGGUUCAAAACAGAAAGGCAAAAACUGUCUGUACACUUCUAGUGGAUCAAGCCAAUAACCUAUGGAGAGUAUAGCUGCUAGUGAAUAUAGCUAUGAGUCUGCGACUUGUAUGGCUCUGUUUACUGUAGCAUUGCUGUGGUAUUUACUACAAUACUACAAUACUCCAAUCAGCCCUCCUCCUCUCUGGUGUGAUUUGUUACAAGUCAUCAUUCCACAGUGCAUGCCACCAUUCUUAUUGUAGAUAAUGAAGUGUCGUUUUUUUUAAAGAAGUUUUUUGUGAUAUACAAUGAUUCAAUAUUUUGCAUAUAUUUUGACAGUUUUGUGUCAUGUAAAAAGUACUUAUCUAUGUAAAAGAAGAUGUUUUCUUUAGUGAUUUCACGCCAGUGUUCUUCAAGAGGUGAGAACUCUUAUGUGUAUGUGGCUCUCAUUUCUGACGCUCUGUGUUUGUGGUCUCCUGAUUAUCAAUAUGUUGAGAAACUUGAAUUGAUGUUGUCAUGUUCUAUAGACACAAUGUCCUGUGUACUGUUAUGUUUUACAAUGUAUACAAUGUACAUGUACAAAUGUACAUGUUCUGAAAACAGUCUCAAUCUAUUUUACAGUAUCUGCUGUUGGUUAUGCUGUACAUCCGUCUGAAUGAUGUUUUUUACCAUCAGGUCCGAGAGAACCACUCAGAGUGCAGGCUUUCAUUCCAGCCCAGCACUAACACACCUGUUUCAAAUAAUCAACUAAUCACAGGCUGUAUGUAGUCUGGACCAGGAAUAGUUGAUGCGGGGCUGGAACAAAAGCCUAUGCACCCAUUUGCUGUCCAGGUGCUGGAGUCAUAAAACCCUGCUCUAAACAUUGACUCACUGCUCUUCACACAUCUCUCACAGCAACUCUCAUUUCCCACCACUAGUGGGUGGUGUCUCCCUGUUUAUUCCCCCCUUUGUAUUAUUUUUGCUACACAUAGGAGAUGCGACACUAUCUGUGGCCAGCAGAGAACAGCACACACUAUACAUUUAAACUGACGGUCAAUGGAAGCUAUUGCCACUGGGCUCAAGUUGAGGACAGAUGAGAACAAUUAAUCAAGUCCAAUUGAAAUGUGCCUUACUGACACCUAACAGUGUUACCUUACGCCUAAGUUUUCCUCUUAGCGAACCACUAAGAUAAUCAGUCAUUAUGUAAGAGUCUUGUGGCCUACUGUAGUUAUACAGUAUUAUACAACGGGUGGGUGGGUAUAAUCCUGAAUGCUGAUAGGUUAAAACCGCAUUCCAGCCAGUGUCUAUUCCACAAAUUGCCACUGGCUAAAUCUAUGACUUUAAAAUGCCUUUUUACUCUGUUCCAUCUGACUGCGCAAUCCACUGUCUCAUCAGCCCAGCCAAGCAAUUUAUAAACUUUAU